UAUUUGAUUUGAUACAAUCAAUCAAAGAAUAAUGAGAUACAGGUGUCAAUACAAGUAAGCAGAUCCAUGGUGAUUACUGAGGUGGAGAUCCCACUCAACUCAAAUAAGCCUCAUUCCCCAAUCCGCCACCGUCACUUUCCACUUUAUCGUGACCACAUAGGAUACGUUGUCGCAGCUCCCUCUGCCACCACCACUUGACAGCGAACCCAACUUUGUCUCUGUGCUGCUUCAUCUUCUUCUUCACUUGCCUCAUAUAGGACCACACUCAAACCCAUUCUUAAGUUCCACUAGGAUUGAGUAAUUAAUUAAUUAUAAAUUAAAAUUCUCCAAAAUUAUUUACUUUACUACUCUACUACUUGAGCAACUAUCAUCACGUACACUGAACACUAUCUGUAACAGAAAACGGUUACGGACCCUGAACAGCUUCAAUUUCAUCACCGACUUCAAUUCUCCUUCAAACACGAUCUUCACGUGGCUGAGAUGACCACGUCCUUACGAGCACUGCGUCCACCGAGCGGCGGUGGAACUUUCCAGAACGUCGUCGAAUGCGGGCAUUCGGCGGUGGAGAAGAAGUUAGGGUUUGUGAAGCUCUCCGGGUUCAAUGCCGUUGGAUUAGUCUGUAGUCGUAGAAGCUUGUUGAAGCCGAUUAUGGCGACGGAGGGCCAUGAUGCUUCUUUGGUCGAUGACGGUGGUUCUAAACACCAGGGGAUUUCUGUGAAGAUAACGACAGAGAAAGAACCUGACUCGGUUUUGAACAAUCACUCUGCUGCUGCUGCAUUUUCUGGUAAAAAUCUCUGCGAUAUGUCGAAUAUUGGGAAUUCAACCAACAUUUUGUGGCAUGAAUGUCCAGUCCAGAAGCAUGAUAGAGAGCAACUACUUCAGCAAAAAGGUUGCGUUGUUUGGUUAACUGGUCUCAGUGGUUCAGGGAAAAGUACUCUGGCAUGUGCUUUGAGUCGAAGCUUGCACUCCAGAGGGAAGUUGACUUAUAUCCUCGAUGGUGACAAUAUUCGACAUGGUCUAAACCGUGAUCUUAGUUUUAGAGCAGAAGAUCGUUCAGAGAACAUCCGCAGGAUUGGUGAGGUAGCAAAACUCUUGGCAGAUGCAGGUGUAAUUUGCAUCGCGAGUUUAAUAUCGCCCUACCAAAAGGACAGGGACGCUUGCCGAGCUCUACUGCCAGAAGGAGAUUUCAUUGAGGUUUUCUUAGACGUACCACUAAAUGUGUGCGAAGCAAGGGACCCAAAGGGACUCUACAAGCUUGCUCGAACAGGAAAGAUCAAAGGUUUUACAGGGAUAGAUGAUCCAUAUGAACCCCCAAGUAGUUGUGAGAUAGUUGUACAGCAAAAAGGAAGUAAUUGUAUGUCUCCGAGUGAUACGGCAGAAAUAGUAAUAUCCUACUUGGAUAAGAAUGGUUACCUGCGAGUCUGAUUUUGCUUGAACGAGUUCGGGGUCUUGUUUGUUGUGGGUAUAUAUAUUGUAUGCAACAUAGUCUGAGAGCUCAUAAAAAAACUGCUCCAUCCAGCACCAAGGUAGUCAUUGUUCCCGAUCCAUCUGGCUCCAUCUAGUAGCAAGGCGCGUAAAAGUUGCUCGUUUCAGUCAUUGUAUUUAUGAAUUAUGACUUCAUCCUAUAGGUAAAAAUAAAUGAGGUGAAUCUAUGAGGAUGGAGUUGGUACGGAUUGGUGUCAUGGUAUAGGAAAAAGAAAGUGAGACUUUUGUAUAUGAUUCUUAUCUUUUAGCAAAUUGAUGUUUCAGUGGAAUGUGUAGUACCUGUGAAUAUUUGUUUACUAAUACAUGUCCUGCUGCAAAAGCCGUAAUCCGCA